AUGAUUCAACCACCACCCGUGUUUGAUCCAAAUCAGUAUCAACAACAACAAGAACAACAACAACAACAUUUAGUACAACACUUACAAGAACCACAAUUACCAUAUAACAACAUGAACAACAUAAUCACUCCCGAAGAUUCGGAAACUGCCAUGAAUUUAUUAUCGAUGGCAACCUCUUCCGAAAGCAAUCCGAUACUUGAUGAAGGCUUACAGGAAGAAACUCUUCAAACUUCUUCAGCAGCAUCAACAACAACAGAACCACAACAGACUUCACUUCAACAACAACAAACGGAUAUGGAUAUUGUAUUAUCGUUAAUGAUGGCUUGUCGUAGUGGAGAUUUGGAAGAAGUAAAACGAUGUGUAAGCACAGGACGGGUGGAUAUUAAUGAACAUGAUCCGAAAAGUAUUUAUGGAACACCACUGAUGAAAGCAAUUUCAAAUGGUCAUUUGCACAUUGUUGCUUAUUUGUUGGAUGCAGGAGCAGAUGUCACAAAGCUGAGUUGGGACAAGGAUUCUUCAGCUCUUCAUUUAGCCAUUGAUAGGAAGGACUUGGAAAUGGUAAAGUUAUUGUUACAUUCUGGAAAAGUUGACAAGGAUUGCAAAAAUGGUCACGGAGAAACAGCUGUUGAAUAUGCAAUGCGACAGGGUAAUGUCACAAUUGCGGAUUACAUUAAACAAUAUGAUCAUAACAAGUAUCUAAAUUCGAGAAGGAAUGAGGCUUUAAAGAGAAGUGAAAAUUCAAUGAUGACUGACCCAGAAUCACCUUUUCAACAAGCCUCUUUUGUUCUUGUGAAAAAGCGCAAGUAG